AUGGCGAGUUCAACAAAAGAAAAUGCAUAUUGGACAGCUGAAGACGUGGAAACAUUUUGUAAGUUGUGUGUUGAACAAAUCAAUAAGGGUAAUCGUCCAGCAACCAACAAGAGAGAUGGAUGGACUAUUAUAAUUAAUAAGUUCGAGGAGUUGAGGGGUAAAAAGUACGAUAAAACUAAAAUGAAAAGUAAGUGGGAUAAUCUUAAGGAAGAAUGGAAAAGAUGGAGGACAUUGGUUUAUAGUGAAACGGGAUUAGGAUGGGAUCCAAGGAAGAAAACCAUCGAUGCGAGUGAUGAAUGGUGGGAGAGCAAAAUCCAAGCCAAUCCUAAGGUUAAGGUUUUUAGGAUGAAAGGCAUACCUCCUGAUCUUGAAGUGUUGCUAGAUAGAAUGUUCAGGGAUACGGUUGCUACUGGAGGAAUCACUUGGAAUCCUGCACAAGGUUUAUGUGUUGAUGAGAAUGUUGAUGCCACACAACCCAAUAUUGAUGAUGCGAUAGGAUCUACUGAUGAUAAUCUAGAAUGUGAUGUGGGUAAAAAUAUUGAUGAACCAAUUCAAACUCAGGCUCGUAAAAGAGUAGCACAAACUUCAACGAGGGAAACUCGAGGAAAGAAAGCCAAGAAUUUGAGCCCGGCACAAUUGCUUGGAAGCCAAAUUAACAGGCUUUGUUCUGCAGUUGAAAGUAGGAGUGCUAAUAGGAGUGCUGAUGUUGUUGCCUCUCGAGCAUAUGAGGAAUUCGGUCCUUACAAGGACCUCAUAUCUAUGUUGGAUGCCAUAUCGGAGAUUGUGCAAGAUGAAAAGUUAUACUUUUUUGCAAUUAAACAUUUUAAGGACAGGGUGGACAAUAGGCGUGGUCUUCAUGAGCUUGAGUACCGAUGCUCUGAGGGUGAAGUAUCUCAAGUUUGA